AUGGACAACGAAUUCACUUAUCGUGAGGGGUCAACCAAGCCCAUAUCGCCAGAGCUUCAUCCUGGCGUCCCCUUCCAGCCUGCACUUUCGCAAAAUGGAUCCACCUCUACGGUUCCCUUCUCGGAGAGAAGUGAUCACCUGCGUUGUCUCCACGGUGUCCCGCACGGAGGCCUCGCCCGCGAGCCAUCAGAGAUGUUUCAAGUUGUCAUUGACGGUGACGACGGCGGUGUUGAGAUGCGGCGCGUGCAUGACCGCAUCGAGGCUGCCCUGCGUGUGCGCUCACUAUACCGACCCCUGAAGACUCACGUGAAUAGCCAGGAGCGGGAAAACCCGUACAUGUCAGCCCCAAUGCCCAGCUGCGUCACAAUCGCGCAGGAUGACGGCGUCUACCAGGUCUCUGACCAUAACGUGUCACUUUUUCUCCCUAUACCAAAGUGGGCGCAGUACGCGAUGGACGUACAGAGGGUGCGGCUCACCGUUGGCAAUGCCGGCUGUGUCAACGCCUGCCACCAUCGCCUUGGCAUUAUGCAAGAGCGCUCCCGUAUGUUUUUUCUGCUCAAUGCAGAGAUGGAAGAGCGGGCAAAUUAUCACAAAGCAGGGGGUGUCUUUUCGGCCGCCAGGAAGGUAGACAACGCGGUCCUGCUUGCCGAGUCGAUGGACGCGCAGGAGCUGCUCGAGGGGGUGAAAGAGAUGUACCGGCGCAGUCCAGAGGCACCAGUGCGCCUGCGCGACGGGUCCAGCUCCACGUUGCGUGAGCUGCUUGGCACACACGGCAUACGAUCCGCAGAUGAGCUGACUGUGGCUGGUCUAGGAUGGCAGGCCGAGAAGGACGCGCCUCAUCACGGUCAGAUCGACUCUGCGGAUUACAAGAGCAUGGCCACCCUCGGCGCCGAGCUGCGCUUCUCCUUUACUGCGUUGCAGGGGUGCCUGUGCGAGAAGGUGCUGCGACGUGUGGUCACCAGGGCAGAGCGGCCGUCACUCACUCCACAGGCCGCCGAGUACAGCCUGACGCUCUACGGCCUGCACUCCACCGAGCUGAGCGAUCUGGCGGAGCUGAUGCGGCGAAGGCUCGAGGGCCCGCAUCCGAGAGUGCAGUAUAUUUUGAACAUCAGCUUCACCGAGUCACCACCCUUCGAGGUGGUGAGCAACUGCACGACGGUACAGGACCAGCUGGACAACAUCUUUCUCGCUCUUUUCAAGGCCACCUUGGCUGAGAAUGACCCGAGCAACGCUGGCGUGGUGUGGCUGCUGGGGCAGGUGGGCGCUCUGCAAAUGCUUCAUGAACGGGACGGGCCCGACUGCGACUUUAACGAGACGGCUCCACCCCCAGAUCAGGUUCCGAUUGCGGACAAGCAGAGCGGGCUCUACUACAUGUACUACCUUUACGCGAACCUCGCCGUGCUGAAUAGCCUGCGGCGGCGCAAGGGAUUGGUGCCAUUUCAGUUGCGCUGUACCGGCAACAAGUCGACAGGGAUGGACGACCUGAUCGGCGCCUACAUCCUCUCCGACGUCAUCACGCGCGCGACCAAGAUUACCGACUACCCCGUGCUGCAGUACCUGUGCGGUCUGCAUCGUGUUGGCCUAACGGUGUCGCCGCUGUGCGAUCACAUGGAGGAUAUCGUGGCAUACAAGGACCAUCCGCUUCCCCACUUUUUGCACCGCUGCCUGCACAUCACGCUAUCGACGGAGUCGCCGCUGCGUUACCACCACAACCCCCGCGCACUCAUUGAGGAGUACGCCACGGCGCAGAAGAUGUUUCGACUGAGCUCGCUGGACAUGACAGAGCUUGCGCAUAACAGCGUUCUCAUGUCUUCCUUUUCUCCUGAUGUGAAGCGGCAGUGGCUCGGGGGCGACUACCAGCUGGGCGUCGAUGGUAACGUGUUUGAGGUGAGCCACGUCACCAACGCACGGCUUGCGUUUCGCGAGGAUGCCUGGGAGCUGGAGCGCAACAUGAUGCGUGACCUUAACUUAAGCCCCCCUCAAGAGGUCGGCGCCGGGCCCAGCUGCUGGCACUACCUGAGCAACGUGCAGGAGGUGGAAUACGACACUGUUAUGGACAACCGCGUCCGCUUUCCGCGCACCGUGCUCAAGGGACCACACACGGAUCUGAAGACGGCGACGGCGGCACCGCGUGUUGCGCGCGCGCUCGAUUUGCGCCACCAGUACAUCUGGCGCCCACCCCCGCCGUGGGAGACGGCGCAGCGGCACGACGUCGAGACAGAUUUUCAGCGCCGGACGGCAACCUUCAACGAGGAUGAAUGGACCUACGCGGCGAGCGACGGGGUCUUCAUUGCGUACCCGAAAAGCGCCGUGCACGCCUGGCCGCGGUCGCUGCCGACGCUCGACGACUUCUACAAGCACCUGCGCGAGCUCAAGGAUAUCUGCGCCAGCGCCGAGGUGAAGGAGUACGCGCACAAGCGACUCGAAAACCUCGAUCACAAGUUCCGCCUGCACCUCGCUCUCAACCAUGAAAACGAAGCUGGCACCACGGAGGAUCGGCAGUCCUCAAACCGCGACUUUUAUCAGGCCACUAAGGUUGACACGCACAUCCACAUGGCAGCCGGCAUGACCCCGAAGCAGAUUUUAAAGUUUGUGCUUGCCAAGUUGAAGGAAAGCGGCGACGACAUUGCUAUGAAGAAGGGGGACGACAUCAUCACCCUGGGGCAGCUCUUCGUGAAGGCUGGCAUCACGCCGAACUUGACGGUGGAUCAGCUGAACGUGCAGGCUGACCACACGCUGUUUGAACGCUUCGAUAACUUCAAUAGCAAGUACAACCCGAUGGAAAACGGCGACCUGCGCUCGCUGUUGCUCAAGACGGACAACUUCAUGAAUGGCCGCUACUUUGCAGAGCUCAUCCACGACGUCUUUGAACAGUACUCACGCGACCGCUACACCUACGCUGAGAACCGCGUCUCCGUCUACGGUAUCAACAUCAAGGAAUGGGACAAACUGGCGAAUUGGUUUGCCACCCACGGAAUGGCAAACAAGCACAACAAGUGGAUUAUUCAGGUGCCGCGCGUGUACAAGGUGUUCCGCGGGCAGAACGUCAUUGGCAGCUUUGGCCAGUAUCUAGAGAACAUCUUUCAGCCCUUGUGGGAGGCCUCACUGCACCCGAGCGAGCACCCAACGCUGCACAACUUUCUCAAUCAUGUGAGCGGAUUCGACUCCGUCGACAACGAGGCCACUAUCGAUCUCCCAUUCACGACAGUCUCGCCGUGGGCGUGGACGGCUGUCGAGAACCCGCCCUACAACUACUACCUCUACCACCUGUACGCUAACAUUCGCACCCUCAACGAGUUCCGCGCCUCUCGCGGCUUCUCCACGUUUGGGCUGCGGCCGCACUGCGGCGAGUCUGGCUCUGAGGUGCACUUGUACGGCGCCUUUCUGUGCGCGAACAGCAUCUGCCACGGUAUCAAUCUGCGCAACGAUCCACCAAUGCAGUACCUCUACUACCUGACCCAGAUUGGACUGCACGUGUCACCUCUGAGCAACAACGCUCUUUUCUUGUACUUUUUGAGCAACCCUUUUCCCGACUUCUUCCAUCGCGGGCUGAAUGUGUCGUUGAGCACUGACGAUCCGAUGAUGUUCCACCAAACACAGGAGCCGCUGAUAGAGGAGUACAGCAUUGCUGCGCGUGUAUGGGGACUCAGCGCGAAUGACCUGUGCGAGAUUGCGCGCAACUCCGUGCUACAGUGCGGCUUCGACAACAACUUCAAGCGCAACGCAAUCGGUGACCGAUGGUUCCUCUCGUCCUCGUUGGGCAAUGACUCGCUGCGCACGCACCUUUCCGACAUCCGUGUUGCGUUUCGGUUUGAGACGUACCAUACCGAACUGAAGCAUCUGGAGCUGUGCUGCGGACGGCCGGUGGCGCGCUUCAUGAUGACCGCCGCCGAGGAGCGCGCUGUCGACGCCAAGAUCGUCGAUAUGCGGCACGAGUACGUCCUUCUCUCCACGCAUGAUCAGGCGAUGGAGGUGAUGCUGCGCGAGAUGGAGGACACGAAAGAGAAGAUCUUGCAGUCCCGGACCCAGGUAGAAAUCCUGCGACGGCAACAGCGCUCUCUGCUGGAGAACAUUACGGAGAUUGGCAUUCGCCGCCAGGAGGCGGAGGAGCAGGCCGCGCAGGAGAAGGAGCUGCUGGCCUACAAGGGCCCCCUCUACACGCGUGACAAGUCACAGGGCUCGCAUGUCGGCGACGCCGGCGCUGGCCGCUCUAGCAGCGUACAGAGCCCCACUUGUCCGACACAGCAGGGAGAGGCAAUGAAGAGGCUUUUGCGCUGGAAGCCGAUGCCACCAGAUCUGAUGCGCUCUGUAACCCAGGCGAGCGUCGGCGGUUCUCGUGGGCGUCCACUUCCGCCACUGCCAGGAACAGCAGCCGUAUUCAAGCGUGACAGGUGCCAAUGA